AGCGUAGGUCCCCUCCUGUACCACCUCCCCCCACCCACCCACCCACCUACCCCAAGCCGGCUUUUUUCCUGUUAUUUGUGCUCUGGGAAAGCACGGCUGGGUUCCUGGAAGAGACGCCUAUUACCUUGGCUCUUGAGAAAAAGCGGCAGCCCUGGGACCUGGGCGGGCGCCUGCCCAGCCUGGCCUUGGGGCCUCAGAGCGUCUGGGCCCCACUGUCUGGGAAGAGGCCCGGCACUCGGUCCGCAGCCGGAGAGUCACUGAGGGAUGAGGACGCCACAGCCCGGUGGACCGCGCUUUCUGCUCUCGUGGCCCCGAGCGCGCGGCGCCCAGGAGCCGGGCCGAGCCUGACGCCCUGUCGUCUCCCCUCGCGCACGGGGCUCUGCGAGUGACCCGACCGGCCGGCUCCCUGCUGCAUGGAGCGGCUGCAGAAGCAACCACUUACCUCCCCUGGGAGCGUCAGCUCCUCCCGAGGCUCCAGUGUUCCCGGCUCUCCCUCCAGCAUCGUGGCCAAGAUGGACAAUCAGGUGCUGGGCUACAAGGACUUGGCUGCCAUCCCCAAGGACAAGGCCAUCCUGGACAUCGAGCGGCCUGACCUCAUGAUCUAUGAGCCCCACUUUACCUAUUCUGUCCUGGAACACGUGGAGCUGCCCAGAAGCCGGGAGCGCUCACUGUCACCCAAAUCCACAUCCCCCCCACCAUCCCCAGAGGUGUGGGCGGAGAGCCGGUCCCCUGGAACCAUCUCUCAGGCUUCAGCCCCAAGAACCACCGGGACCCCCCGGACCCCUCUACCCCAUUUCCACCAUCCUGAGACCACCCGCCCAGAUUCCAACAUCUACAAGAAGCCACCUAUCUACAAGCAGAGAGAGUCCACGGGAGGCAGCCCUCAGAGCAAGCACCUCAUCGAGGACCUCAUCAUCGAGUCCUCCAAGUUCCCUGCAGCCCAGCCGCCUGACCCCAACCAGCCAGCCAAGAUUGAAACCGACUAUUGGCCUUGCCCCCCGUCGCUGGCUGUUGUGGAGACAGAAUGGAGGAAACGGAAGGCAUCUCGGAGGGGGGCCGAAGAAGAGGAAGAGGAGGAAGAUGAUGACUCCGGGGAGGAGAUGAAGGCUCUCAGGGAGCGUCAGCGAGAGGAACUCAGUAAGGUUACUUCCAACUUGGGAAAGAUGAUCUUGAAAGAAGAGAUGGAAAAGUCAUUGCCUAUCCGGAGGAAAACCCGCUCUCUGCCCGACCGGACACCCUUUCAUACCUCCUUGCAUGCAGGCACAUCGAAGUCGUCUUCUCUCCCCGCCUAUGGCAGGACCACGCUGAGCCGGCUACAGUCCACAGACUUCAGCCCCUCUGGGAGUGAGACUGGAAGCCCAGGCCUGCAGAACGGAGAGGGCCAGAGGGGGAGGAUGGACCGGGGGAACUCCCUGCCCUGUGUGCUGGAGCAGAAGAUCUAUCCCUACGAAAUGCUCGUGGUGACCAACAAGGGGAGAACCAAGCUGCCUCCCGGUGUGGAUCGGAUGAGGCUUGAGAGACACCUGUCAGCCGAGGACUUCUCAAGGGUAUUCUCUAUGUCUCCGGAAGAGUUUAGCAAGCUGGCCCUGUGGAAGCGGAAUGAACUCAAGAAAAAGGCUUCUCUCUUCUGACCACCCUUCCCACUCCAUGACUGACGCUCUCCCCUGCUGCUUCAGGGCUCUGUAGCUGGGGCCACUAGACCCCACAGCAUCAUCUCUGCGGGGAGCAGGGCGGGGGGAUGGAGGUAGAGUUGGCUCCAUCCCCCAGGUGAGGGGGAGCCAAGACCUCUGCAGUGCUGGGGUUGUAAGACAUGAACUUGCUUCCCCACAAGGAGCCAGGGGCCCCCUUCCCUCCUCCCUGGUCCUCACCGCACAGGGCAAACCCAGUCUGGAGCCCAGCACACACAGAGAUAAUGUUUGCACCCUCUCCCCCCCCCACCCCCACAGGAAGGUCCCCACAAGAGAGUGACGAGAAAGGAAGGCAGCACUUAGUGGUCAGGCAUGUUGGCAGUCUUGACCAAUGGGUGGGUAGAACCCUCGGGCCUGCUAGGAAGAGGGCGAGGGUGGGAAGCCGCCAGGCAGGCAGGGAGAGCCGCAGGACUCUGUGUGCACCCAAGCACGCCUCCUCUCCUCACCCAGGACAGCUUCCCCUGCACCUGGGCCUCUGGCUUCCCUGACUCUUAGCAGGAGCAGCUUGAGCUCAGCCUCUAGCAAUGAGGUCACCCUAUCCUCCAGCUCACCAUGUUCUCUCCUUGUGACUCCUAAGCUUCAAAGCCUCUUGCUCCGGCCCUGUGGCUUCCCUAGAAGCCUUGGCUUAGAGUGGAGAUGUUGCAGAACCCUGGCCCACCAUCAGCCUCCAGGCAAAGUCAGCUAGACUUCUAGCACCCAGGUCCUGGGUAGAACCCAGGCCUUCAGGCUCUCUUGGGACGGGAUCAAGAGGCCAGGCUGAGUGUCCUGGCCACCAGGUCCUGCCCAUACCCAUGCAUCCCCACCAUGCUGUCUAAAGAAUGUAAUUUAUUGGGGCACCCCCCAGCUGCUUUCUCUCCUAACUCUCUGCCCUACCUUAAUCACACUCCCAGCUUCUCUUCUCUACAGAAACAUAUGUGUAUAUAAUUAUAUAUAUAUUUUUGCCUGGGUCUGGGUUUUGUUCCUGCCCAGACCCUGGCAUCCCUUUCCACUGUGUGUGUGUGAUAAUGCUGUGGGAGGGGGACUUCGCUUGGAAUUAAAAGGUUGCAUUGGGUCCCCAAAUCUAUUUGUUCUUUCUGAGCCACCAGAUCUGGGUAAGAGGGAGAGGUGAUGCCAGGCUGAGGGAAGGCUUGGGAGUGAGGGUUCAAAUGGGGAGCCCCGAGGGUUGGAAGAGAUGGAGACAGCAGACAUACUGUCCUUCCCGCAAACCCGGGCCUCAGAAGCAGGGCUGGCCUGGCAGCGUCCCAGCUGCUGCCCUUCUUCAGGGGCUGUGCGAGCACAGAGGUAUGGAGGAAGGGCAGAGAGUCAUGCUCUGGAGACUGAUACGAGAGCCAGCUGGGGGCACAGCCUGCUGCUUGUCCUCUGCUGAGGCCCUGAACGCUCAGCUUGGCAGUCGAGCUCAUCAACAUCUGACAUGACUGCACCUGCCAGGGCCUGAUACUCCCAGUCUGAUGGGGGGCCAGACACACAGAGAAGGUCAACAGUGCAUGAGUAGGCGGUCAGGCGACUACUGAAGAGCAGGCACGGAAAACCAAGCACUGGAGUACCGACGGGUGAGGUCGAGUGGUCUGCGGGUUCAGUGGAGGCUGAGGGAGGAGCGGGUACCGUGGUCUUUGGUGACUUGGCAAGGCCUCCCAGGGGGGCGCAGACAGGGAACUGCAGUGUGGAGGUGGGUGGAGAGGGUGAAGAGCUGACCAGAAGAUCAGAAGCGGGAUAUCGUGUGUGCAUGCCAGCGAAGGAGGGGCCGGCCUCACCUGGCGGACAGAACCCCGAUGUGGGCGCACGAUGAGGCGUGCUGUCAGAGGGACCCGGUGAGCUGGAGAGUGAGCCCAAGAACUGGGACCUGAUUCAAGUCUGCUCCCCCGAGAC